AUGUCUCUUGGAGCUCCUGAUAUGGAGGAACAGCUUAAGGUGUUGGCUGAGCAAGUACAACGGCUUCAGGCUGAUAAUGAUAGACUAAGGGCUACUGCGGGGGCUAGCAGUAGUGCUGGUGUUACCGAAGGUGCUAGGGGUAGUAAUGUUACUGAGGUUAUUAAGCGUAGAAGUCCUCAAGCCAUCCCAAACGCAGACCAUCUGGUGCGGGAUCAAUUUAUUGAGCAUGUCCGAGAUAGUAUGCUCCGUAGGGAGCUAAAACAAUCAGUCAGGCUUAAUGCUGAGGUUUCUUUUUUGACUAUUCGCAGUGAAGCCAUCCGGUGGCUGGAAGAGGGUGAGCAUGUGGGUCACCCAAAGACUCGGGCCUAUUCCUGUGAUACCCAGGUUGAAGUGGGCCCCCUGUUGCAGUCAGCUGGGGGAGCCUGGAAGCAGGUUUUUACAGAAUGUCACCAGAUUGACUGUUUGCCACCAACCGGCUGUUUGGGUCAGGUGAGAGUUGCUGGACGGAAAGCGGUACGUAUUCCUGCAGGCUCAGUUAAACUGGUCGCAGCAAUAGGCAAUCAACAUGUAGGGCCUUCCCUGCGUUCUGUACUAUUAGAGCCAGUCGAUAGUAGGCUUCCUCCAGGUGUCUUACUGUCUAGAGCUUUUCUUUCGUUUAAUCAAGGACAGGUUUCUGUGCCCGUGGUCAACGUGGAGACUAGAGAUGUGUGGAUUCCCCCUCAGACUGUUUUGGGAACCUUAUUCUGGGUAGAACAACAGACGAGCAGCCAGGGGGUGAUAUUUGAGGAGGAGACUGAUGGUAGGGGGGAUAUCGCAGUGGUUCGGUCAUUAAGCGUAGAGAAUAGCCCCUUGGAUUUCUCUGGUCUUUCUUGGCCCACUUUGUCUUCUGGACAGCAACAGCAGGGCAAAGCUCUUCUGCAACAAUACAGUAAGGUAUUUAGUCAGCACGAGGGGGAUAUUGGGUGUACUGACUUAGUACAUCAUGAAAUUCCCCUAGUGGAUGACGCCCCUGUUCGUCAGCGGUACCGCCGCCUCCCACCCUCACAGUAUGAACAGAUCAAGGCCCAUAUUCAGGAGUUGUUGGAGAGGGAGGUUGUUCGGGUUAGCUGUAGUCCCUACUCAUCUCCGAUUGUAGUGGUACAAAAAAAGGAUGGUACUAUACGGCUGUGUGUAGACUAUCGGCAGCUAAAUGCAAAAACCAGAAAGGAUGCUUAUCCAUUACCACGGAUAGAGGAAUCGUUGGAUGCAUUGGCAGGGGCUAGAUUGUUUUCCACCCUCGACCUGACUAGUGGGUAUAAUCAGGUUCCUAUGAUGGAGAAGGACAAACAAAAGACUGCCUUUUGUACUCCGUUUGGGUUAUUUGAGUUCAAUCGGAUGCCUUUUGGACUUUGUAACUCUCCUAGCACCUUCCAACGGUUAAUGGAGCGCAUUUUUGGAGAUGAGCGCUUCCACUCUCUGUUGCUGUAUUUGGAUGACAUAGUCAUUUUUUCUCCUUCAUUUGAUACACACUUACAGCGUCUUGAGAUGGUGCUGAGGAGACUGCAGCAACAUAAUUUGAAGUUGAAGCUUGAGAAAUGUCAUUUUUUUCAGUCGGAAGUGCGCUAUUUGGGUCAUAUUAUUUCUCCUUUAGGGGUAGCAACUGACCCUGAGAAGAUCCGAGCAGUCUCUGAGUGGAAACGUCCCGGUACAGUUAAAGAGCUUAGAUCCUUCCUGGGCUUUGCAUCUUAUUACCGUCGUUUUGUUGAUCAGUUUGCAAGGUACGCGGCACCAUUACAUAAGUUAGUAGCCACCCUUCAAGGUAAUAAGAAAAAGCCAGGGGUAAAUACAUUGGAAGGGCGAUGGGAUGAAGCCUGUGAAAGAGCAUUUAGUACAUUAAAAGAUAAGUUGGUGAUUGCACCAGUGCUGGCUUAUGCUGAUUUCACAAAGCCCUUCAUCUUAGAGAUUGAUGCGAGUUAUGCCGGGUUGGGGGCUGUGCUCUCUCAGGAGGAUGAAGGGAAGAGGAGACCAAUUGCGUAUGCAAGUAGAGGACUUCAUCCAACGGAGAGAAACAUGUCUAAUUAUAGUUCCAUGAAGUUGGAGCUCCUCGGGCUGAAAUGGGCAGUUACGGAGAAGUUUCGUGAGUACUUGUUGGGAACCAAUUUUAUUGUGUUUACUGACAACAAUCCCCUGAGCUAUCUUCAGACUGCGAGACUGGGAGCUGUGGAGCAGCGGUGGGCAUCACAGUUAGCACUCUUCAAUUUUGAAAUUAAGUACCAUCCAGGAAGCAUGAAUCGAAAUGCGGAUGCACUGUCUCGGCUGGUGGAUUGUCCGGCUCCGGCUUCCAUUGAGGAAGUAGCCCCUGGGGUUGGAAUUCCAUUUGCCCGGCAUAGUGUAUUACCGGCGGGGCAGGCUUCUGGUACGGUUUCUUCAAUUGAUGCUUUCCCGGUGCGCCAAAAAGCAGAUUUGUUGGCGUUACAAUCAGUUGAUCCUGUUAUUGGCGCAUUUCUGGUGUACUGGAAGAGUGGGCAACCGCCUUCCGCAGAAGAGCGGGUAACAGAAGCAAAACCAGUUUUAGAAUUGCUCAAACAGUGGAAAAGAAUUAGAGAUUGUGGAGGUGUGUUGUAUCGAGUGACCCAUAUGUCAGGGGAGAGGAAAGAAUUGUUACAACUGUUGCUUCCAGAAACAUUAAAGUCUGAGGUAUUAGUAGCCCUCCAUGAUGAUCAUGGACAUCAAGGUUGUGAACGGACAACUCAUCUGGUGCGGCAGAGAUGCUAUUGGCCCCAGAUGAGAAGAGAUAUUGAUCAGUGGUGCCAGCAGUGUCCCCGAUGUGUGUCUGCAAAAGCGGUGCGUCCUAAAGUGAGGACCUUCCCGGGCUGCUUGUUGGCCUCUAAGCCAUUAGAGAUUGUGGCUAUAGAUUUUACGGUAUUGGAGCGGGCGAGUGACGGCCGGCAGAAUGUCCUAGUAGUUACCGAUGUUUUUUCAAAAUUCACACAGGCGUAUCCUGCUCCCGAUCAAAAGGCGAGCACAGUGGUGCGUAUUUUGACAGAGAGGUGGUUUUACACUUAUGGAGUCCCUCAAAGGAUACAUUCUGACCAAGGCCGAAAUUUUGAGGGAGAGUUGCUAAAGGCGUUGUGUAAAAUGUAUGGGGUUGAGAAGAGUCGUACUACCCCAUACCACCCUGAAGGGAACGGGCAGUGUGAAAGGUUUAAUCGCACUAUGCAUGAUCUGUUGCGGACCUUACCAGUAGAUAAGAAACGAAAGUGGCCUCAGCACCUCCCCCAGUUACUUUUUGCUUAUAAUACUACAGUGCACCAGUCAACGGGCCAUUCCCCUUAUGAAUUGAUGUUUGGUCGUAAGCCACAGCUUCCAAUUGACUCGCUCUUGGGACUGGGGGAGGAUGGACCAGUGGAGGGGUCAGUGAGUGAAUGGGUGAAGGAACAAACCGAGUUUCUUCAGUUUGCCUAUGCCAGCGCAAAACGUCAAAUGACUGCGGCAGCGGCUCAACGGGUCCAGCGGUGCCAGGUUGGGACAGUUUCAAUACUUCCCACGGGUACUAUUGUGUAUAGACGCAACCAUGUCCAAGGUCGAAACAGAAUUCAGGAUGCCUGGGACAGUACCAGGUACCAGGUGGUGAGGUGUUUGGACGAUGGUGGCCGGGUGUACACCAUUCGUCCAUUGGAAGGCCUAGGGCCUGAAAGAAAUCUCCAUAGGACGGAACUGCGGGUAGUUCCGGGAUGGACUGCCACCCCUCCGGUUGACGCUGCGAGUGAUGAGGUGAGGUCCCCAGAAAGUGUGCAGUCAUGGCAGUGUCCUAGCGAAGCAGAGGAAGAGGAUGGAUCUGGGAUUUGGUUGCUAAGGGAAGAUGUAGCCUCGGAACCUUUAGUGGGGCCGUCAGGUCAAGAGUUGGAAUGUUCCGGUCCACCCCAAUCGUUGCAAACUGCAUCCAGACGAGCAACAGGGAUGAGGGUGGAGGAACAGAGGGACGUGGUCCUAGAAGCGGAAGGGGAUCUUCCAGGCCAAGAGUUAGGGCAGCCACAUUGGUCCCUACAGACAGUGCCCAGACGUUCUAUGCGGAAGACGGCAGACAAGGUACAGAAAGCUAACUCUACGGCUGUGGCGGAUUAUCAGGUUGUCUUAAGAGAUCAGUUCUGUGAAAAUGUACGUGAUCUUAUGUUGCGUAGAGAGUUGAAACGCUUAAUACGUGGUGAUCCGUCUUUGUCCAUGUUAAAAGUACGCCAAGAGGCCAUUCGUUGGGUAGAGGAGGGACCGUUUAGGGCCCCAGUUGUGCGUGGUCCCCCACGUGUGUGUGAAGCUUCAGCCUCUGCUACAUGUGAAGGUGUUUAUACCACUCAAACCGAGCUUUCAGAGUUAAGAGACCUGGUUUUGAAACAGCAGGCUCAAGCAAGAAUCCGUUUCGCAUUCCAGCAGGGUGUAUCAACAGACCCAGACAAAGUGGCAGCUGUGCGGGAUUGGAGAAGACCUACUUGUUUGGCGGAAUUGCGUUCAUUGCUUGGGUUUGCCAGUUAUUAUCGUAGAUUUGUGGAUGGGUUUGCUAACAUGGCAGCACCCCUGCACCGCCUUGUUAGCCAGUUGGUUGGGACCCGGAAAAAGGGUAAAACCCCUAAUAUUCCACUCGUAGAUAGAUGGGACUUGGAAUGGGAAGAAGCCUUUGAGCGGUUGAAGACCGCUUUGAUUUCAGCGCCGGUUUUGGCAUAUGCUGAUUUUCAGAAGCCCUUUAUCCUUGAGAUUGAUGCCAGUCAUUGUGGGCUUGGAGCAGUGCUCUCACAGGAGCAGGAGGGGCAACGGAGGCCAGUUGCCUUUGCAAGCAGAAGUCUUAAGCCCACAGAACGGAAUAUGAAUAAUUAUAGCUCCAUGAAGUUGGAAUUUGUAGCAUUGAAAUGGGCAGUUACUGAAAAGUUCCGUAAAUAUUUGCUUGGGAACUUUUGUGUGGUUUAUACCGAUAAUAAUCCACUCAGUUAUUAUCAGACAGCUAAGUUGGGAGCGGUCGAACAACGCCGGAAUUUUGAGAGCUUACUUAUUCAACAGCUUUGUAAGAUCUAUGGAAUAAAAAAGACCCGAACUACCCCAUACCACCCCCAAGGAAAUGGGCAGUGCGAACGGUUUAAUAGAACAUUGCAUGAUUUGCUCCGGACAUUACCUAUCGAGCAGAAGCGAUAUUGGCCUAGGUAUUUGCCUCAAGUCCUUUUUGCUUAUAAUACCUCUGUCCAUCAGUCUACCGGUAAGAGCCCUUAUUAUUUGAUGUUUGGUAAAGAGCCACAGUUACCAGCCGACUUUUUGUUGGGACAGACGCAGGAUCCUGUAAUGGAAGGGGGAGUAGAAGAGUGGGUGGAUGAGCACCAGCAGCGUUUGACACUUGCUUAUCAGCAAGCACGUCAGCAAUUGGAAGCACAGGCUGAGCGACGUAAUCGGGCAUAUAAUGCCCAUGCUGUUGGUCCAGACCUACGAGAGGGACAGUUGGUGUAUCUUAGAAAGCGUAAUGUUCAAGGUCGGAACAAAAUCCAAGAUUAUUGGGAUUCAGUUGUGUAUCGGAUUGAAAAAGCACCACAAGGGAAUGGGGCAGUAUAUUCAGUCACCCCUGCCCAUCAACAAGGUCCCAUUAGACAUGUACAUAGAUCCGAAAUUCGUCCUGUAGUCGGUGCUGCUCUGCAAAGUAACGUGGAACUGGAGGAGCUGGUUGAUCAUGGCGAUCAAGAGGGUGAACCAUGUUUGCACAAUGAGUCUGAAGAAGAGGAGUGGGUUCUUCAGGCUGUUGGGGCACAGAGUGUAGCCCCUAGUGACCCAGUGAAUAUUGUGGGACUGGCAGGGCAGGGACCACAAGGAGGUGAAUCAGAGACCGAGAUGAAGGGGUACAAGGACGAUUCGAAAUCAGACUCCAGUGAGACGUUGUCGGGCGGGGAGAUUCAGUUGGAGGACUCACAGGACCGCAGGCGUCUUCUGAAGCUCCAGAUGCUGAAGAAGAACCUGCUGAAGGAGAACCCACUGAAGGAGACCCCGGUAAAGGAGAAACUGAUAAAGGAGAACCCGCUGAAGGAGAACCCACUGAAAGAGAACCCGGUGAAGGAGAAACCGCUAAAGGAGAAACCGCUGAAGGAGGACAUGAAGAGGAGAAGACGACUGACACGAACCCGGACAGCUUUGAGAGCCGAUACAACGUCGGAGAGCUGCUGGGUUAGGGAGGCUGUGGUUCAGUCUACGAAGGCGUCCGUAAGGUGGACGGGAACCAGGAUCCUCCCUACAACCUACCGGGACAUUAUUGAGACAAACCCGGGAUGCUCACUAAGAAGGUCUGAGUCCCUGGUGAUACUGGAUACCACAGGAUGCAUUCGGAUGUCUCGUGGAGUCCACGUGUCGGCGGUCCGAGUUACUCCUGGACAAACGAGUCCGAUCAAUGGAGGCCAUAAUGGUGGUCAAAGGUGA